UAAGAAGGCCGUGUGUCCCUACACAUCCGCCCAAUUGCUUCCAGGCCAUCCGUCCCUCUUUCCAUUCCCUCCCCAAACACACGCGACUGAAUAGAUAGACGGCAUGUUGAGCAACAAGACAUUGGUCGGUGCCGCGGCCGUCUUGCUGGCGGGUAUUGCGCGCGCAGAGGUUGCACCGGGGUUUCCACUCAAGCCGGGAGCCAACUUGACGGUCAUUUAUGGCAACGAUACUGUGGCGCCUCCGGGAGAACAGCUUCCUCGAGGUGCCACGGCCCAAGCACCCACUAUUGCCUCGCCCGUCUGGUGGGACACGGAGCUCCUCUCGCAAGCCCCCGCGCAAUGCCUCCUCCUAAUGAUGGACCUCGACGUGCCGCGCAACAACACGCGCGUGCCGCUGCUCCACUGGCUCGCCACAAACGUGUCGCGCGCAAACCCGCUCUCAGUCAACACGACAGGCACGCCACUCGUCAUCCCAGCACAGAACCCCGUGCCCUAUCUCCAGCCCAGCCCCCCCGUCGGCGACAUCCCGCACGCAUACACAUUCAUCCUGCUGCGCCAGCCCCGCAACUUUAGUAUCCCGCCCCAGUACGCUGCUCUGGCGCAAAACAGGGUCGGAUUCAAUCUCUCGGCUUUCCUCACCGAUGCCGGUUUGCUCGACGCGAAAGCAGAGCCCGAGGCCCUCGCUUCGAAUUGGAUUCGCGUCCAGAAUACUACGGGGACCCCUACCACGAGUGCGUUUCCACCGCCACGACCUAGUCCGACGGGCGGAAGCGGAAGCGGAAGUGGAAGUGGAAGUGGUGGUGGGGCGCAUGGGAAUGCGGCUGUCGCGCUGAGGAUGUCUGGGAAGGGCGUGUGGGUGGGGAUUGGGACGACGGUUUUUGCGGCUGUUUUUGCGGCGGCUGCUUUGUAGGUGGGUGGGUAAAUAUCGGGAGGUGGAUGGGUAAUAUGUUGGGAGGUAGGUAAAGAAAUGAUGGAUGAUGAAUCAACGAAUCAAUGCGUCAUGGCAUGUGUAUGGCAGUAUGCCAGUGUAGGUAUGAUACAUGGCAUAUAGCAAACAUGGUAGUAAUCAAGUCAAUCAAUCAAU